UUGAGCUGUGGCAGAACAAGCCUGGUGCUGAAGACAACAGUUCCGCUCAGCAUUGCCGUACAGCACUCGAGAGAUGUGAUGCUCUGCCGUCUGCAUCCACCGCGGUUGAAGCAUCUUUCCCCUCUCAAGGACGGAUUGGUGCGCGUUGAAGGCAGGCUCUGUCUGUUUAGGACUGAAGGAUAUUCUGUGUGGACGGUCCACGCCGGGGGCUUGCUGAGCUCUGUCCACUUGUGACUGGGGAGAGGGCAAUGGACAUGAACGUGAAAAAAUUCACAGUGCGGCGCUUCUUCUCCGUGUACCUGCGCAAGAAAUCGCGAUGCAAGAGUUCAAGCUUAAGCAAAUACGAGGAUGAAGGCAUUGUGAAGGAAAUAGACAUCAGCAACCAUGUAAAAGAAGGCUUUGAAAAAGCAGAUCCCUCUCAGUUCGAAUUGCUUAAAGUGUUGGGUCAAGGAUCCUACGGAAAAGUAUUUCUUGUUAAGAAAAUCAAAGGUUCUGAUGCUGGGCAACUCUAUGCUAUGAAGGUUCUGAAGAAGGCCACUCUGAAAGUGCGUGAUCGAGUCAGAUCAAAAAUGGAACGAGAUAUUUUGGCUGAAGUCAAUCACCCUUUUAUAGUCAAGUUGCACUACGCAUUCCAGACUGAAGGAAAACUGUAUCUGAUUUUAGAUUUUCUAAGAGGCGGUGACCUUUUUACAAGAUUAUCCAAAGAGGUGAUGUUUACGGAAGAAGAUGUGAAGUUCUAUCUCGCUGAGCUUGCUUUGGCAUUGGAUCACCUCCAUGGCCUUGGGAUCAUUUACAGAGACUUAAAACCAGAAAAUGUCCUUCUAGAUGAAGAUGGUCACAUUAAAAUAACAGACUUUGGGCUCAGCAAGGAAGCUGUUGACCAUGACAAGAGAGCCUAUUCCUUCUGUGGAACAAUAGAGUACAUGGCUCCCGAGGUCGUCAAUCGCCGUGGUCAUACACAAAGUGCAGACUGGUGGUCCUUUGGUGUUUUAAUGUUUGAAAUGUUGACGGGGUCAUUGCCUUUUCAAGGAAAGGACAGAAAGGAAACCAUGGCACUUAUCCUCAAAGCAAAACUGGGAAUGCCACAAUUCUUAAGCCCAGAAGCCCAAAGCCUUUUACGAGCACUUUUCAAGCGGAAUCCUUGUAACAGACUAGGUGCUGGACCUGAUGGUGUUGAGGAGAUAAAACGGCAUUGUUUCUUUGCAACUAUAGACUGGAAUAAAUUAUACAGGAAGGAAAUUAAACCACCGUUUAAACCAGCAGUAGGAAGACCAGAGGAUACUUUCCACUUUGAUCCUGAAUUCACAUCAAGGACACCAACAGACUCUCCUGGUGUUCCUCCAAGUGCCAAUGCACAUCAGCUUUUUCGGGGUUUCAGUUUUGUUGCCACCAGCCUUGGUCAAGAGCAGAUUCAGUCUGAUUCUCGACAGCUGAUUGACCAUUCAAUGGUGCAGCAGCUACACGGCAAUAAUAUUCACUUCACUGAUGGUUAUGAGUUGAAAGAAGAUGUUGGUGUGGGGUCAUUCUCAGUAUGCAAGCGAUGUGUUCACAAAGUCACAUCAGUGGAAUAUGCUGUGAAGAUUAUUGAUAAAAGCAAGCGAGACCCAUCAGAGGAAAUUGAAAUUUUACUACGAUAUGGACAGCAUCCAAAUAUUAUCACCUUGAAAGAUGUUUAUGAUGAUGGAAAAUAUCUAUACCUUGUUAUGGAACUAAUGAGAGGAGGGGAACUACUCGAUCGGAUUCUACGGCAGAAAUGUUUCUCGGAGAGGGAGGCCAGUGCGGUUCUCUAUACCAUCACCAAAACUGUGGAAUACUUACAUUCCCAGGGAGUUGUUCAUCGAGAUCUGAAACCAAGUAACAUUCUGUAUGUGGAUGAGUCAGGAAACCCAGAAUCCAUUAGAAUCUGUGACUUCGGUUUUGCGAAACAACUCCGAGCUGAAAAUGGCCUCCUAAUGACUCCGUGCUACACUGCAAAUUUUGUUGCCCCUGAGGUACUCAAGAGGCAGGGAUAUGAUGCAGCUUGUGACAUGUGGAGUUUAGGAAUUCUGCUCUACACCAUGCUGGCAGGCUUCACACCAUUUGCAAACGGGCCUGAUGAUACUCCUGAGGAAAUCCUGGCGCGCAUUGGAAGUGGGAAAUAUGCCCUUACUGGAGGAAACUGGGACACCAUUUCCGAUGCCGCAAAGGAUAUUGUAUCCAAGAUGCUGCAUGUAGAUCCUCAUCAAAGGCACACAGCAGUGCAGGUCCUUCGACACCCCUGGAUAGUGAACCGUGAAUACCUAUCACAGAAUCAGCUCAGCAGGCACGAUGCCCAUUUAGUCAAGGGUGCAAUGGCUGCCACCUAUUUUGCUUUAAACCGUACACCUCAGGCACCGAGAUUAGAAGCUGUAUUGGCCUCAAACCUGGCUCAGCGAAGGGGAAUGAAAAGACUGACUUCAACAAGACUAUAACAGCUACCACAUGCAGCUUGUACAGAGCUUUAUUUAAAUUAUAUUUAAAAAUGUUUGAACUUCUCUAAGCCCAAUGCAAGAGACUGCAAAAGAUCCAAAGUAUUCAGAGGUUGAGUCUAGAUUCAGGCUCUGUUAUGAAGUAUUCAACAGACAAAGGGUUAUUCACCUAACUUGAUGCACUGCAAAGGAUAAAUGGAGACUUUGCCCAAUGGUGACUGAAAAGAAGAAACAUUGGCUGUGAAAAAUGAACUUAACCUCCUUCACACCUAAAUGGAAGAGAUAACCACAAAAGUGCUUUGAGAAAACACUUGUAGUCAACCCUCUGUAAAUUGAAGUAAUGUUCUUCCCUUUAGAUUGCUUAAAAAAGAAUUAAGGUGGAAAACGAUGCAGACUGAAACAAACAGAUUCUGCACGGAGCAUCCUGUUUGACUAGGCCCAGAGAAUCUACGCUCUUUAUUUGGGUUUACCUUUCUUAAGGCAGAAAUUCUCUUGGAAGGAAACUUCUGGGAGCUAAUUAAUCCUCAUAACUUUUUCAUAUUGUAUAAUUGCAAUACUUUUAAUUGUUCUGCAGUAAUGUGAAACAGAAUUAAGCACAGCAAGGCAUGGAGAGGUCAAGGCUUAGGAGCACUUUCUUUUCAGUAUUAGGUACUAUAGUUAGGCAAGCUGAAUGAGAACUAUUUAGUUCUUCUCAAGGCAUUAGAUUUAGCUUAAACCUGUGGUACUGUAUAAUGUACUUAUACAUUGAAAGGAAUGGCCCAGCUUACUAUGGCAUUAUUAAUUAAUUAUAUAGUCAGUGGUCCAAUGAUUCCACUAUUAACAAAUGAAAAAGGUGGCAGGAUAUCAUUUCUUCACACUGCACUUAUUUCAGCUCCCUCCCCAUCCAGACUUGUGAACUUCCACAGGGUCUUGCUCACCAGUCGAGUUCCAGCACGUCACUUAAAGUCAUUUCUUGCAUGUGAGUUUUAGUGGGAAGUGAAAGUAGGUGGUCCAGUCACAGGGGGACCGGUAGCCAAACCUGAUCCUGUCCUCAACCAUCAUGAAAAUCAAUGCUAACACACGCUCCAGUUGGUGCAAGGAACUCCACAUAAUCUUGCCUUUGUUUUGUUUAAGAAAAUUGAAUGCUAAAAAAUGUUAUAUAUUAGAGUAAAUUAAUUUUGUAUCAACUCAAAGCAAAGCACAGGAUUAAGAAAAAUGAAGUUCAGAGAAAUGACAACCAACAGCUACUGUACUUCCCAGUCUCUAGACCCUACAAAGAUAGUACACUAUCCAAACAAUCGUGAAAUUAAACAAUAGAGUCUGAGCUUCACAUUUCACACCAAGUAAUAAUGAAGAAAAGAAUGGAGUACUUUGUUAUGGCAAAAAAAAUCACAUUUUUAUUAUUAGAACAUCAUUCAAAAUAUGGAAAUGCUAUUUCUUAUGAAAGAACAGAAAAAAUCUUGAGUUUUUAUUCCCUGAAGUCUCAUUUCACUGAUCAAUUAAAUGGAGAAAUUAUUUCCAUAAUGUUUUCAACAUCCCUUUCAAAUAGCCCCAAGUCCUAUAUACUCAUUGAAAUACAUUGUUGUAAUAUAGGAAACAUGGCAAUUUAAUUUGAAGACAUCCAUGAAAUUCUGGUGGAUAGUACAGUAUAGACUAGUGGCAAAAAUGCCAUAUCAGUGUUAGUCCUGUCAGUGGUGGACUAUAACACCUUAACUCCACAGAAACUUAGAAGCAAUGGAAAUAUGGUUUCUUAGAAGAAUGCUGAAGAUAUCAUAUAGGGAUAGGGUAACUAAUGAGACAGUACUUCAAUGUGCCCAUACAGAAAGAUCUUUAAUGAAAACAUUUAAUGAGAGGAAACUGAAAUUCCUGGGCCAUGUCAUCAAAAAGGGAGAAAUCGAAUGCCUUACAUUACAAGGCCGUAUGCCUGGGAAAUGUGGAAGGCAAAGAAGAAAAUAUAUGGACACUGUGAAAGAACUAACAGAUCUAAGUGUGUGAGAUAUCAUUAACGCUGCGAGGGAUCGUUCGAUGUGGAGAGCCAUGAUCGCCCAAGCGUGUAAUGCACAAGGCACAUGAAGAAGAAGAAGAAGUCAGUGGUGGCUGAGCUGGCCAACAUAUUGCAGGAAAUACUCGUCCUCUGAUGAAGUGAAUCUUCAGGAAUUGUAUGGCUCUCUCUGAUUUCCUAGCCUACUGCCUUAACUAACUGAAUUCAGAACCCUGCUAAUGUCUACUUGUCUGCGUGCAGCCUUUCAGACAAUUGCUCCCCCUUGGAGAGGACAUAUUCAUAUUCAUGGGGAAGAAUUUUGCAUACACUGGCCCAAAACAAGCUGUCAACAUAAUGGUGAAGCUGGUAGCAUUUACAAUGUUCUGUCACUAAAUGCAUCACUAAACUCACAAAAGAUUGCCCUUCAUGAUUUGCCUCUCAACAUUUGUGAAAAUAUUAUCCUGUCAAGUGGUUCACCUUUCUAAUGUAGUGGAUAGUGUGAAGCUGCUGAUAUUAUCUAAACUUGUUAGAGAAUUUUAGAACUUGGCCAGUUUUAUAUGAAUAUCUUUUUAACUGCUCAAUAUGAAUUGAUAAUUGCCAAUCAUCUCUGAACCGAAAAAAUACAAACACAAGUAGAGAAUUCCAUUACUUCAACCUUUCCUGGUUGUUGAGACCGUUUUGUUUUAUUCUGCUUCUUCUAAGUCAGAGGUUCCCAACCUUUUUAUGCCACAGACUCCUACCAUUAACUGCGGGGUGCACGGACCCCAGAUUGGGAACCCCUGGUCUGAAUCUCAGAGAUGGUGUAUGGUCUGAUGAUGUGACUAGAUUGUGUUGGUGGAGAGGAAUUUCAAGUAUACUGUACCUUAUCUUAUUCAUCCAGAUCUCACAUGCAUUGUAGAAAGUCAAACAUUAAUUCUACCUUGAUUUUCCAAAAACCUGCAGUGCAGAAUAUGACUGAAAUUAAACAGCAUGUUUAAAUAACAGUGGGCACCAAUUUUCAUUCUCUCCCUCCCUCCCAAUCUCACCUCAGAAAUUUUUGGCAUUAUUUUUAACUGCUCCUUCUGCUGCAUCUGUUAAAAGAGAAUCUGCUCAAAUACAGUACUGAUGUGAUUAUUCAAACUGCAUUUAAAUGAUUUAAAAAAACUCUUAGGGAGUUGAAAUCCCCCUCAGCAUAAUAAUCAAACACAGGCAUGUCAAAUUGCUCGUAGUGCUUCUUCAGUAAUUCACUCGUCUAAUUGAAGGAUUAAUCAAAGCAGCUCAGGAAUUUGAUUCAGGCACUCAAGUCAGGUACAUUGAAAAUGCCACACUCUUCCUCUCUGAUUUAUCACUCUCCAGUGGUCAGGUUGAGAGUUCCCAACCUAUCACAGUUUUCUGCCAUUGAAAACAAGGAGGACAAUUUCCCACUGAUGGAUUUAUAAUUGUAUCCAAGGUUAUAUCUAUAAACUUGAGGAAGUAGUUAGCUUAGCUAAUUUCUGUCAGAAUGCAACCACUUUCAGUAAAGGCAAAUCAUACAUUGUAUCCAUCAUAGGAGAAUAGGUAAUAAACAUACAAGUCUGUUCACUCAUUUUCAGUUCAACAGAAAAUAAAUUAGUCCUUUAAUGAUAACUCCGAGUCUUUUGCAUUCCCUCGAGCUAUCAUAGGUCAAUAGCCAAUCAUUGUAAUCAGACAUCUGAUUAUCUGCAUUGAUCUGGUUCAAAUAAGGAUCACUCUGCUCUCCCUAUUCUUGUCUGUUGAUGCAACCUGUAUUAUAAUAAGACUUACAUUCUAGACAGAACCUGCUGGUGUAUUUUGAACAUGAAUGUCUAGCUAGGGAUGGUGAACCUAUGGCACGCAUGCUCAAGAUGGCACAUGCAAAAAAAUUGUUGGGCCUUUGAUUCUUAAAGCCCUUCCAUAAUAAAAACAUACAUAAUAAUCAUCUUUACUGCUAAAUGAUGCAACAAAUGAUUUUUUACAACACAGGAGCAGUGAGAUGAAUUUAGUCAAAGCUAAUUAUAAGUGUAGGCUUACUGAUGCAACUAGCGUAAUGUGCAUAGCUCUCCAAACAAUCAAAUACAAACUGGGUAUAAAAUAUUUGUCAUUGUUGGUGCAGCAACAAAAGUCUCUCUGAGAAUAAAGUGUUUUUAUUUUCCUUUUGUUGAUCUUUUACGAACAUGCACCAAAGCUUAUAAUCUCAUGUUCAUAUUUCUUUUGUUAUAUAUGAGGUACAAUAACGAAAUGAUUUAGAAAUUAUGUAUUUUUUUCAAUUUUCUUAUUAAAAGGUUAUUAAUAACUUUUGAAUAGGUUUUCAAAAAUGCUACAUUUAUUUUAAUUUGAAUUUGUUAUAAUUUUAUCAGUUGUAAAACAAUGAAUACACAUAAAUAAGCAAACUGAUGCCUUUUCCUUAAAAGGUCCAUCAUUGUUACUAAUUUAAUAUUUAAUAAAUAUUAAUCAAUGAUAAUCCCUGCUCUAAAUUACCAUGACUCUUGAGAGAGUUUUUUUUAGAAGAUUAUUGCCAAUUUGGGCACAUGCUCUCAAAAAGGUUCACAACCCCUGAGUCAGAAUACGCCCUCACAUCACUUGAAGGCCUAUUUCAGCCAGAAUAAGCUAAUAAUCAGAAAUGGCUUGGGAAAGUAGGCAGAAACUCUCUCCUUUGUUUGUGGAGCCAACUUAAAUUUAGAAUUAAAUUGUUCAUUAAUAAUCUCAGAAAACAUUUCUUCACCUCUGGUGGAACUAUUUUCAUUAAAAGAUUGUUAAUUGAAGUUUUAAAAACCAAGUUUUAUGUUUGACAACUUGAGUUAGUUGUAUUAAAAUGUAGAGCAGCUAUGACCUAAUUGAAUUGUAGAACAGGCUCAAAGAGCUAAAAGGCUUACCCUUAAUGAUAAUAUGAAUUUUCUUGUUUAAAUAAGUCUGUGUAUGAAGAGUUUGGAAUCUUGAAUUUGUUGGUGUCUUUGAAUUGUUUUCUUUGUUUGUGGGUAUGGUGCUGAUGAUGGAGGGAGAGAUGUAUGGUGCUGAGAUAGAAAUCUGGCCUAACGAGGUUAUGGUGACUGCUAGUGGAAAACCACAGCAGCCUUUUAAUAAGUAUAUGUGUAUCCACUGUCUAUGAUUGGCCAUUGUCUGUUGAUGGCAGUUCGAACUAAAGAACAGAAUUGAAGUCGCAUAUGCAAGUGUUCUGCCAUGCUGAGAUUUUUGUUUACUAUUUAACAGAUAUUCUUUAAAGUGAUUAAUGGAUAAAGUAACUUAUUUGAGAUAAACGUUAAGUAAAGCUGCAAAUGCUAGCUUAACCAGGAAAACCAGAAAAUACUGGGAAUGUUGUGUAGGCCCAUCAGUGCCUGCAAAAGCAAAGGCUGCUAUCUGAGCUGUUAUCUUUAUCUAAUAACUUGCUUGCAGCUGCCAGAUAUAUAAAUAUUAAAAUAUUAUUUGCUAUAUUUUGUACAUAGAGAAUGAAUGGACCUACCUGCA